AUGGUGCAGAAGUAUCAGUCUCCUGUCCGAAUCUACAAGUACCCAUUUGAGCUGGUCAUGGCGGCCUAUGAGAAGCGCUUCCCCACCUGCCCGCAGAUCCCGGUCUUCCUGGGCAGCGAGGUCCUGCGCGAGUCCCGCAGCCCCGACGGGGCGGUGCACGUGGUGGAGCGGAGCUGCAGGCUGCGCGUGGAAGCCCCACGGCUGCUGCGGAAGAUUGCGGGCGUUGAGCACGUAGUCUUCGUGCAGAGAAACGUGUUGAACUGGAGGGAGAGGACCCUCCUCAUCGAAGCCCACAACGAGACCUUCGCCAGCCGUGUGGUGGUCAAUGAGAGUUGCAGCUACACUGUCCACCCUGAGAAUGAAGAGUGGACUUGCUUUGAGCAAUGUGCCUCGCUCGACAUCCGGUCCUUCUUUGGCUUCGAAAAUGCCCUGGAGAAGAUCGCCAUGAAGCAGUACACAGCCAACGUCAAGAGGGGGAAGGAGGUGAUUGAGCAUUACCUGAACGAGCUCAUCUCCCAGGGCACCUCUCACAUUCCCCGGUGGACGCCUGCCCCCGUCCGAGAGGAGGACAACCGCUCUCAGGCUGGCCCCAGGGAUCCUGGCUCCCUGGAGGCUGACAGGCCCGGCAGCGCCCCAGGCCCUGCUCCUGAGACAGUUCUUACAGACGAGGACAAGCUGGAUGCAGACUACAUUGAGAGGUACCUGGGCCAUCUCACGCCCGUGCAGGAGAGCUGCCUGAUCCAGCUUCGGCACUGGCUGCAGGAAACCCACAAAGGCAAGAUUCCCAAAGAUGAGCACAUUCUCCGGUUCCUGCGGGCUCGUGACUUCCACCUGGACAAGGCGCGGGAGAUGCUGUGCCAGUCCUUGAGCUGGAGAAAGCAGCACCAGGUGGAUCUCCUCCUUCAGACGUGGCGACCCCCUGCCCUCCUGGAGGAAUUCUAUGCGGGGGGCUGGCACUACCAGGACACAGACGGCCGCCCCCUCUAUAUCCUGCGCCUGGGCCACAUGGACACCAAAGGCUUGAUGAAGGCCGUGGGGGAAGAGGCACUGCUGAAGCACGUUCUUUCUGUCAACGAGGAAGGACAGAAGAGAUGUGAAGGGAACACAAAGCAGUUUGGCCGUCCCAUCAGCUCUUGGACCUGCCUGGUGGACCUGGAGGGUCUCAACAUGCGUCACCUGUGGCGGCCGGGGGUGAAGGCCCUGCUGCGGAUGAUUGAGGUGGUGGAGGACAAUUACCCCGAGACCCUGGGUCGGCUGCUCAUCGUGCGAGCCCCUCGUGUCUUCCCGGUGCUCUGGACGCUGAUCAGCCCCUUCAUCAAUGAGAACACCAGACAGAAGUUUCUCAUCUACAGCGGUAGCAAUUACCAGGGCCCCGGAGGCCUCGUGGACUACCUGGAUAAAGAAGUGAUCCCUGACUUCCUUGGGGGAGAGUGUGUGUGCAAUGUCCCCGAAGGAGGGCUCGUCCCCAAGUCCCUUUAUCUGACGGAAGAGGAGCAGGGGCACACGGACCAGCUGCAGCAGUGGAGAGAGACCUACCAGUCGGCCAGCGUGCUCCGAGGGGCCCCCCAUGAGGUUGCGGUGGAGAUCCUGGAGGGGGAGUCAGUCAUCACCUGGGACUUUGACAUCCUGAGAGGGGACGUGGUGUUCAGCCUGUACCACAGCAAGCAGAUGCCCAAGCUUGGCCCCCAGGAGCCCGGGGCCAGGGCUGGCGGGCAGCUGACGGACAAAGGCUGGGUCCUAGGUGUGGAUUACAGCCGUGUCGAAGCCCCUCUUGUCUGCCGGGAAGGGGAGAGCAUCCAGGGCUCCCAUGUGACCCGGUGGCCUGGCAUCUACUUGCUCCAGUGGCAAAUGCACAGCCCCCCUGGCAAUGUGGCCUGCAGCCUCCCGGGUGUGGAGGAUGUCCUGACGGCCCUGCACAGCCCCGGCCCCAAGUGCAAACUCCUCUACUACUACGAGGUGCUGGCGUCUGAGGACUUCAGGGGCUCCAUGUCCAGCCUGGAAUCCUGCACCAGCGGCUUCUCCCAGCUCAGCACCACCACCUCCUCCUCUUCUGGCCAGUCCCACAGCAGCCCCCUGGUCUCCAGAUAG